GAUAUUAGACUGUAAACAACUAUACAUUAGUUUUAUCUACGCAGCCCGGUAUAUAUAAAAUUAUUAUCAGUAUCAAAAUGAUGAUGCUGCGUGCCCUUAAUCUCCACCCAUUUCCUGAGGAGUGAAGGAUGUCGGCGACACGCACAGAAAGCGUUCAGUAGCCCACCGCACCCACCGCAUCAGCGGUCCUCACUGAUUUCUGCUUACAUCGACUCCUGCUUUAUCUACACAGUCAUUCGGUGAAUCGGCACGGAGCACGGACCGGUCGAUGGAAAAAGCGAGAAGAUGAUACUGUGAAGAGGGUGGACAUGGAAACCCGACGCUGAAUUCCUUUAAUUGUGACCAUGGCCAAACAGUAUGAUGUGCUGUUUAGACUCCUGCUUCUCGGAGACUCCGGUGUCGGCAAAACCUGUUUGUUAUGCAGAUUCACGGACAAUGAAUUUCAUCCCUCUCACAUUUCCACCAUCGGUGUCGAUUUCAAAAUGAAGACCUUGGAGAUAGAUGGCGUUAAAGUACGAAUACAGAUAUGGGACACAGCAGGCCAGGAGAGAUAUCAGACCAUCACUAAACAGUACUACAGAAGAGCACAGGGCAUUUUUCUGGUGUAUGACAUCACAAGCGAGCACUCGUUCCAGCACAUCAUGAAGUGGGCAAGUGAUGUAGAUGAGUAUGCCCCUGAGAAAGUGCAGAAGAUACUUGUUGGGAAUAAGUCUGAUGAAGAACAGAAGAGACAAGUAGCUACAGAACAGGGAAAUAAGCUUGCCAAGGCUUAUGGAAUGGACUUUUUUGAGACAAGUGCCUUUACCAACCACAACAUUACAGAGUCUUUCACCCGAUUGGCUGAAUUAGUCUUACAAGCCAAUAAGAAGGAUCUUGAUUUGUUGGGAGGAUCCAUGAAUGACCAGUUAAAUCUCGCUAUUUUGGAGGAGCAGGAAGGAUUGUGUAAUGUUAGCGACGGCACCCAUGAGUCCUGCUGGUGCUGAGAACAGGAUGUGACAUGACUACUUUUUCAGUUGUUUUCCAUAUAUAUGUUACAUUUACAUUUUGAAUGACCAUUUUGCAAAGUUGAACGUUUUUGUUAAACAGUUUUGGUGCCUUUAAAGGCUUAUUUCCUGCUGAUACUCAUGAAUAUUAUUAUUUGUUAUUUAUUUUAUAGUUACUAUAAAUUAAGAUGGAACAUUACAGAGUACUUGUAUAUAAAGAAUAUUUUCCAGUUUUUUUUUCUUAGUUUGAAAAACAAGAUCUAAAGGGCACUGCAGUGUACAUUAUUUAGUUAUGCUCAUUCAAGCCACACAUUCAGAGUCAGUCAGUUAUAUUCAGUUUUACAAAUAUAAAAAACAAGUUGAUUACAGGGUAAGACAACAUUGACGAAAUGGUUUAUUCAAAGGAAUAGUACACCCCAAAAAUUAAAUUUUGCUGAAUAUAUACCCUCAGGCCAUCCAGUAUGUAGACGACUUUCUUUCUUCA